UAUCAUAAUUCACGCACUCUUUAUACUGGACUUGUUCAAUACCCACCUUCCACCAUCCUCUCUACUCAUCACUCAGCCACCGCAGUAGUAGUGUUGCAUUUACUAGUCCUCCUCCCUCUCCACCUUUUUUUUCUCUUAACCCCAAAAUCACUCCAUUGAUCUCUGAUCAGGUUUUGAGAAAUGCCCGAUCUCAAGAAAUCUUAGUGGUCCGAUCUACAUUAUAUUGCAUUUUCUGUUCAAUUUUUUUGAUCUUUUGUGAUCAUUGAUCUUCUCUACUAGUUAAUUCGGAGUUUUCAUGAUCUGGGUUUUUCUUGUUUUCGUGUUUGGGGAUUUGGGUACAUAAUCUUUUCACGUUGGAACAAAAGUUCGAAUCUUUCUUGGCAGUUUCUUGGAAAGUUGGCAUCUUUGUGAAAAAGUUGCUCUACUUUUGGGCCAGUUUCUAGAUAUUAAAUUCUCUGUCGUUUGCAUUAUAAAAACUUUGAUUUGUCUUCAAAUAGUACCCUUUCCAGUGAUUGGCAAUGGAUUCUUGCUUAGCCACCAUGAAAGCCAAUGUCCACCCGCCGCAAGUUAGCAUAUGGGAUUCUGGGUUUGGGGGGCACAGAACGAGGGUGGGUGUGAAGGGUAAGGGUUUGGUGGGUACUCAGUCAUGGAAAAGCUUGAAUAAAAAUGGAGGCCGAAAGGCUAAACCAGGAGUUGUUUUCUCUGUUCUCACAUCAGACGUUAACAAUGAGAUUCUGACGUUUGAUGCACCAUUGUUUGAGUAUCCCAAAGUUGAUCCGACAACCGUGGCUUCGAUUAUAUUGGGCGGUGGCGCCGGGACUCGCCUUUUUCCACUAACUAGCAAAAGAGCUAAACCAGCUGUUCCAAUUGGGGGUUGUUACAGGCUAAUUGAUGUACCCAUGAGUAAUUGCAUCAACAGUGGCAUCAGAAAGAUUUUUAUCCUCACUCAAUUCAAUUCUUUCUCCCUCAAUCGCCACCUUGCUCGCACGUAUAACUUUGGAAACGGCAUCACCUUUGGGGAUGGUUUCGUCGAGGUUUUGGCUGCCACUCAAACACCAGGAGAAGCAGGAAAGAAGUGGUUCCAAGGAACAGCAGAUGCCGUGCGACAAUUUACAUGGGUAUUUGAGGAUGCCAAGAACAAGAACGUGGAGCACAUAGUGAUUUUGUCUGGUGAUCAUCUCUACCGGAUGGAUUACAUGGAUUUUGUGCAGAAGCAUGUCGACUCACAAGCUGAUAUCACGGUUUCAUGUGUCCCCAUGGAUGAUAGCCGAGCCUCAGAUUAUGGACUGAUGAAAAUUGACAAAAUGGGUCGUAUCGUCCAGUUUGCUGAGAAACCAAAGGGUCCUGCGCUGAAGCAAAUGCAAGUUGACAACACUCUCCUUGGACUCUCUGAGAAAGAGGCUGCAAAGUAUCCCUACAUUGCUUCAAUGGGCGUUUACGUAUUUAGAACCGAUGUCUUACUAAAGCUUUUGAGGUGGAGGUACCCUUCAUGCAAUGACUUUGGCUCUGAAAUCAUUCCUUCUGCUGUGUCGGAUCAUAAUGUCCAGGCAUAUUUGUUCAAUGACUACUGGGAGGACAUUGGUACUGUAAGAUCCUUCUUUGAUGCCAACUUGGCCCUCACAGAACAGCCUCCAAAGUUUGACUUUAACGAUCCGAAGACACCUUUCUUUACUUCUCCCAGGUUCUUGCCACCAACCAAAAUGGAAAAAUGCAGGAUUGUGGAUGCCAUAAUAUCACAUGGGUGCUUCUUGAAUGAGUGUAACAUCUUGCACUCAAUAGUGGGUAUUCGCUCGCGCUUGGAGACUGGUGUUGAGCUUGAGGAUACUAUGAUGAUGGGUGCAGACUACUAUCAAACUGAAUCUGAAAUUGCAUCUCUACUGGCAGAGGGAAAAGUUUCCAUUGGUGUUGGACGGAAUACCAAGAUCAGGAAUUGCAUAAUUGACAAGAAUGCCAAGAUUGGAAAAGAUGUGAUAAUUGCAAAUACUGAUGGUGUUGAAGAAGCAGAAAGACCGGAUGAAGGAUUCUACAUUAGAUCUGGUAUCACAGUAGUAUUGAAGAAUGCAACCAUUAAAGAUGGAACUAUCAUAUGAAAUCUAUUCUGGUGACAUUUGGUUCUUGUUGAGACUAGAAAUGUAAUAAUAUGUCUUGUUUUUAUAGCUUUAGCUUGUUCUUAAUAAGAAGCAGUUAGUAGUAUUGCUCAUGUACAUGUCUACUAGUUACUUUCAUGUAGCAAGUAGAGAAAAAAGAAGAAGAUCCGACUAGCCGUGUAGUUUUUUAAUAAAUGAAAGUUUCUUUGAUU